ACCGAUUCAACACAGCAAUGGGGAAAAAUACAGCCACCGAUCAAACCUCCGCCAUGAAAGAAGCCUUCACACUCUUCAACACCGACGGCGACGGCAAGAUCGCCCCGUCGGAGCUCGGAAUCCUCAUGCGUUCACUCGGUGGAAACCCUACGCAAGCGCAGUUGAAACCCAUCAUCUCCGAAGAAAAACUCACAUCUCCGUUUGACUUUAACCGUUUCAUUGAGCUCAUGAACAAGCACCUCAAACCGGAGCCCUUUGAUCGAAAGCUUCGUGACGCCUUCAAGGUUAUUGAUAAGGACGGAACCGGAUACGUCGUCGUUGCGGAUCUUAAAAAUUGUUAUGUUUUUUACUGUAUUAUUUAUAAACUUGUUGAAUGGAUUGGUGUGAAUUAAUUUGAGUUAGGGUUUUUUAAGGUGAAGCUAAAGGAGGU